AUGUCAAUAUUCAAUGGUGAAUUUAAGAGAGGAAGAGUGAUAAAUCUUGGUGGGUCUAAUAAUUCGGUGUCCAAGUCAUCAAUUCUACAAAAAACACAAAAUCAGAGGGAAAAGAGAAAGAUAUUGAAGAAAAGGGAUACUAGCGCCAGAAUUCUUCAGAAACAUAUUAGAGCAUAUUUGGAAUUGAAGGAACAGAAGUCCAUGAUAUCCAAGAAUUGGCUAAAUAUAUAUGAUAAGAAGGACAUCAAUUCGGUGGUUUAUCAAUUUCUGUUCUUCCAUUCAGUUGAAUCCAGACAGAAUCCCAGGGAUGAAUAUGAAAGAAUGGUUAAACUCUCAAGUACUUUGGAUGUUGAUAGAAUCAAUGAUUUCAAUAUAAAGUCACUUUUUAACAGCCUAGCUUCUUCCUUUGACUAUUAUUAUGACUCAGAUGCAAUGUCGGCAAAAGAGAGUUUAAUAAUAUUAUCAAACUUGUCGGGAAUUAUAUCAACAAGGAAAAUUAUGAGCAUUAAAGUUGACAAGUUAUUCAGCUCGUUUGAUAAGAAUCUUCAUGAUUUAGUCAAUAAUAAGGAGGUGGAAAAUAUAAUAGCAAACUUGGAUUUUGUUGAUCCGAUGGAAACUUUUAAGUUGUUUAAAAAUUCCCAUAUUAUACGGUUAAAUUCGAUUACGGCACAAGUGCUGAAGUUUGAUUUCAGAAGGUUGAAAAUUGAGGAAAUCUCUGAUCUUGAUAAACUAAAACUUGUGAGUAAUCUAUCAGCUUUAGUGCAGCAGAAUGCACAUGAUCUUGAAAGCAUUAAAUGCUGCAUUGAUUGUAUUAUGUUUGUCCUAGAGGCAGUGGACUCCCGAAUUGAACAAUAUGGUGGCGACCAAAUUAACGAAUAUAUUGAUUAUCAAGUAAUAAAGUUACCAAAUGACAUAUACAGGAGAUUAGACUACAUUUUCUCAAAGGAUUUCUUACUAUUGAUACUAGAUAUGAUUAAACGGAAAAAAGCGUCAGCUGCAAUUUUACCAUCACUCUAUUCAUCUCUAUUGAAACUUAAAUCGGAAGCAUCCAAAGAUGUUAGCAAUUUAUUUAUUUAUUUAUAUCUCUUUGGUUUACCAGAAUCUCGGAAACUAGUAUUCAAUGAUAAAGAAGAUGAUGAUGAUGUGAUGACUGAUGAUGAUUCUAAUGAAAUGAAUUUAAAAAAUAAUAGAGUAUUAUUUGAGUAUAUCUUAGAUCUCUCAGAAGAGCAAUUAAUUAAAAACAUUAACAAAGACUUUUUGGAGAAAUUUUUCCCAUCAUUGUUGCACAAGGGAUUAACAAAUGAAUCUAUCUUGAAUGAAAAGUUUUUCACAAAAGACUUGUUCUUAUUUCUAGAAAUUUUUUCUUACUGGUUAGUGAUCUCGACAGAUUCUAUGAUCAGAAAUUUACCAGAGAAUGGUGAGGCAGAAUUUCUCACAAAGAACCAGCUCAUAUCUUUUGUAAAGUUUUUGAAGAACCUCUGCCUACUUUUGACAUGGAAUAAUAUCAAGAUUAUUGGAUUAUUUAAUGGUGACCCUAUUGAGGAAUCAAAGUCUGAAAGUUCAGCGUUUGGAAGUUCAGCGUUUGGAAGCUCAGCGUUUGGAAGUUCAGUGUUUGGAAGUUCAUCAUUUGAGAGUUCAGAAAAUAUAAAUGCUUUUGGAGGGUCAGAAGCAAGUGAUUCAGAAAGAGAAGAAAAAAUAACUCAUAGAGGGAUCAGCUUCCGCGAUUAUGUGCUCAUUAAAAAAUUAUGCUUUAGAGUUUUAAACCAGUUAAAUUUGAUUGACUCCAGGUUAUCAUUGUUGCCAAAAGGGUUUUGGAAGGUUAAUGAUAAAAGAUUAGAAGAGCAAGAUAGAUUGAUACCUAUAAUUGCUGAAGAAGAAGAAAGUAAACAAAUGCAGGAUGAAUCUGAAGAUCAGGAUGGUGAUGAUGAGCAGGAUAUUGAAGCAUUCACGACCCAUUUUGGAGGAAGAGCUUCUUUACAAAUUGACAAAGCUAAAGGCAGCAAGUCCAAGAUUUUACUCAAGAACCAAGACAUUGAAGGGGUGUUCAGUAUUUUGAAUAAUUUGCCAUUUUUUAUUCUGUUCGAUAAUAGAGUCAGAAUUUUUCAGAUGUUGAUUAGUUUGGAUCGUGAAAGAGGCAGAUAUGAUGUGAGAGAAUUUAAUAUGUUGAAUUUUUUAACGGGCCAACCACAAGAAGGCAGGAAUACAGCGGAGAUUAAGCGUGAUAAUCUAUUGAAUGAUGCGUAUGAUGCAUUUGGGAAAUUAGGAGACAACUUCAAGUUUCCAUUAUCGGUGAAAUUUAUUGACGCUUAUGGUGAACCUGAAAUGGGAAUAGAUGGGGGAGGUAUAACUAAGGAAUUCCUUACUAGUGUGAUUAACGAAGGCUUCAAUAACUCCGAACUUUCAAUUUUUCAAUCAAAUAGUAACCAUUUAUUGUAUCCCAAUCCUAACACAAUUUUGAACUUGAAGUUCAACAAUAAAUUUUUGGAAGGAAAUAAUUUAAAACAUUGGGAAGCAACUAAGUUGAGGAAGGUAGAAUUCUUGGGAAAAGUUAUUGGAAAAUGCCUUUACGAAGGAGUCCUAGUUGAUGUGAAUUUUGUUCCUUUUUUCUUGAAAAAGUGGAAAUCUGUAGGUAAAGUCUCAACUUUUGAUGAUUUAAAUGAUGUGGAUCCACAAUUAUACUCAGGGUUAAGCAAACUUUUGAAUUUGGACGAUGAGUUCUUUGAAUUUUCUGAUAUGAGCUUUACUAUUACAGAAAGAAUAAAAUUUCACAAGCCAGCUACAAAGGUUUUUAAUGUUCGAACAGCCCAAGAAGAAGUUGUUGAGGAAGCAAUUAAUAAUGAGAAUUUGGUAACCAUUGAUCUUAUUCCAAACGGAGCUAGUGUUAGUGUUAAUAAUCUGAAUAAACUUCAGUUUCUUAACUCUAUAACUAAUUUCAAGUUGAAUAGAUGCAUAAAUCCCCAGAUAGAUAUUUUUCUUAAGGGACUUUAUCAAAUCAUUCCAUCACAUUGGCUCAAUAUGUUCAAUCCAAGCGAAUUGCAGCUGUUGAUAAGUGGAGGCGAAAAAGAUAUUGAUAUCAAUGACUUUAAAGCAAAUGUUGAAUACGGUGGAUACACUGAACAUGAUGAUACUGUGAAGUAUUUUUGGGAAUGUGUGGAAGAAAUGACUGCAGAGGAGCACUUCAAAUUGAUUAAAUUUGUGACUUCGGUACCACGAGCUCCACUAUUAGGAUUUGGAGACUUGAAUCCGAAAUUUGGUAUCCGUAAUCCACGAGGUGGUAGGGAAAGAUUACCGACAGCUGCCACGUGUGUGAACUUGUUGAAGUUGCCAGAUUAUGGAGACAAGAGGUUAUUAAAGGAGAAAUUAUUAUAUGUUAUCAACUCGGAGGCAGGAUUUGAAUUAUCUUAA